AUGAACUUCGGAGGCUUACUGCUGUUGAUGCUUCAAAUCUGUUACUGCACAGAGAGGUGUACAUCCGCAAAACCAGACAAUGCUACCAGAGAGCAGUAUAAGGAAGGCAAGCCUGAUAGCGUUCCCUCUUCGGCGACCAGACACAAGCCUAAAAAAUCACUCAGAACGUUCCUUUACAAGAAGCAGAAAUGGCCUCAACCUUCAGGAGAAAUUUUCUUGAAACGUGUUCGCAAAAUAACGAAGCUUCCAACCACCUCAACGCACUGUAAGAUAUUCUGCCGCAGUGGUUAUCAUCUUCAAAUUCUUCCAAAUGGAGUCGUGAAAGGAACACUUGAUCAGGAUAGUAAAUACGGUAAGAGCUACAAUGUUGUGCAUGACCGUGAGUAGACAAAUUUUGCCAUUGAACUAUAUGGUAUUAUGUAAUACCUAGCCAAGGCCAAAAGUGACGCUCACGCAGUAUCUUUUAAGAAAUGUCUAUUCUGAAUUACUUAACUUUGGCCAGAAAUAGGUAUUGUGUAGAAAUAGGUAUUGUGUAGAGGUAUUGUGUAUUCAAGUUCAAAAACAGACACGAAAAAAUUCGUCUUCGUGCAUGUGUUGACGUCCUCAUAAAACUACUCAUUAAGUUCCACUUAGGAAGUUUCUCGUCGUAGUCGUGCAAUGGACGUCAAGAAAUGUACAAAAAAAGUGUGAUGUACUACGUGCAGAGCGAUUGUUUCGCUCAUAAAAGCGUUCUUUUUUUCCAUUUUGACAUUCUCUUAGCUGUAGUCGUCGCGGUUCCUCAUACUCCUUGGUGAUUUUGUCUAGCACCAAUCUAGAAGAUAAUCUCGAUGAAAAAAUUAGUGAAGAGAGGACGCUGGAAAACGGAGCACAGAGCACAAUGUAUGAAGUAGACAUCUAUGGAAGCCUCGUGCUAUUUUUACUGAAAAUAUAUGAAGAAAAGUCUUUGUACUCACUGAGGCUUGUGUUUGCUUAACACAAUCUGUAUAUUAGUACCGUAAGAUCUCGGUCAAGUCAUGGGCUUAUACAAUUUCUAAGGGAUUUUGGACGGGCUCAGCCCCGGAGGACUUAUAUCGGGGGAAACUUAUAUCCAGAUGUGCUUAUAUCCUGGGGGCUUUUCGCCGGGGAACACAAAAAAACAUCUCGAGCCAAGAUGAUGACAUCACGCUCUUCAUUUAACUCCAAGAAAAAUGAACUGAAUCAAAAAUCUAACUUUGACUGUAACUGGAAGCAACAAAACAAAAUAUCAUCAUUUAGCUCUUAUAUUUCUAUGUACACUUUGCAUACAUAGUAUAGUAUUUUUAUUAUAAUUUUAGAUAGAGGGCCACAAGUUUGUUAGUUUAAAAUACCUCAACUAUUCCGUGCCACCCUCUUUAAAUAAAGUGUAAUCAGGGCUAAAAGUGAAGCUCUGGUUAAUAAUAAUUAUAAACCAAAAAAGAAUCGUGUAAUGCUAAACGGGGACGGCAAUGAAAAUGGCAUCAAGAUCAAUAGAUCUAAUUAGCAACAAAUUUGCACGUGCCGCACGCUUUUUUGUCUUUCUUUGCCGCUGCUUUGCACGACUACAAUGCCCUUUUAUACGACUAAAAUGUCAAACUUCCUAGUUACACAUUAUUUUUAUGGAGGAAUAUAAUAGUAGUAGGUGCUUACCAAAGAUUUUGUUUCCUGUGUUCAUGUUCGCUAUUAUUUUUUCACUGCCGCUGAUUUUCACCUGGCCACCAGCAUUUCUCUUUUUCUCAACGCCGCUAUGAAAUUUUCAUGUUUUUCUUCCAACGAAAUUCGUCUCCCUAACUCUUUCUCUGUUAUGCACGAGGGUGUAAACAUCAACAAUAGCGUCGAAAAAGACACGACUUUGUUGGCUUUUUUUCUCUCUAAAAGUCCGGGCGGCCAUGCGGUUUUCUUCCUUUGCAUUUGGGUUGCCAUACCUGUUCAUCGAGUUAUUUUCUAUUGGUGUGCCUGUGGUGCGGAAGGACGGUCGGUCGCUCGGGCGGUGUACGGUCACGUGAUUACCAAAUUUUCUAGGAUGGGUAGAUUUACUUAGCUAUGGGGCUCAGCACGCGCGCGAUUGGAGCGCGUGGAGCUCUGGUAUUAUUAUCGGGAUUAUUUAUUAUUAUUAGAUACAUGAAGAAGAGCCUAUAAUCAGCUGGAGGGGGCGGCUUAGAAUAGAAUUCAUGUUAGCUGAUAAACAAGCUUGUAAAAGUGGAGAUAGCCUCUUCUGCAGGCACUUCUGAUGUCUUGUUUUAAAGUGAGUCCUCCUUUUUCUUUCCUCUUUUUUUUGUUCUUACACUCACGGUCAGUGUAACCGUUACUAAAGGAGUUGAUUGCGGAGGAGGCUAGCGUGGACACCUAUCCUAUAACCGGGAUUUUACGGUACGGGCUCCGCUUGAUACAGGUUCUCCCCUGUUUUCUAUAGAGUUCUGGUCUCCUUCCUAUCAUUUUUUGCGCUUCGCUUUCCAGUCCUUGACGUGGGAAGUCGCUGCAAAUGUCCCUUUUGUAAACGGUUGCU